AUGUAUCUAGAGGAGAUGUCGCUCAACACCCACAGGGCUGAGGAGGUGAAAAACAAGUCUCGGACAUCGCAAGAGGAGAACAAAGAAGGCUACGAGAUCCCACAACAAAAAGAGCUCAGUCCUUGCCUGGCUUGGAACUUGGUCAAUCUGGUGAACCUAAGGAAGAGUGACCAGCUGCUGUUCCUCAGAGGCAUUUGGGUGCCUCAGAUGGGAGCGAGCCCCCGCUUUGUCCUUUUUUACUGUGCAUUCCUGAUGGUUUGGUCCCAGGCUGCGGUCGGAAGGCACACAGGUAAGAGGCAUGUUCCAACCAAGCAAAACCACUCCAGGAAGUUGUCUAGCCUGAUGAAGAACUCUGGAGAACUCCAACGCUUGCACACAUUUCUGUGGGAUUUUGGUUGCCUGAUAAAGGAAAGGACGCAAACCCUCCUGAGGAAAUGGUACCUCCAGGACCCAUAUCUGAACCCUUCCCGUAAAAGACACCUGGCCCAGGCCACAGGGCUCACCCCCACCCAGGUGGGGAACUGGUUUAAAAACCGCCAGCAGAGAGACCGUGCAGUGUUGGCCAAGCACAGGACAGCAAAGGAACCAGAGGUCUCAAUGAAGACAAUGAAGCUGGACAGCGUGGGGAUGUAGGCACCGCCUGGAACACAACGGGGGCCAUGUGUGGAAGGCCCCACAACCACAAUGCGAAUGACAAAGCUCUCCCAACCAACCACCCCCUCCAAUCUCAACACACUCACACAGACACACUUUCUGCAGAGGGCAAAAGGAGAGCGUCGUAGUGGAUGGCGCAGCCUAAGGAGCAUUGAGAAGCUGGCCUUUGGGGAAGAAGCCCUGCCUGUCGAUAUCAGAAGAGUGAAAGAAGCCC